CACGGAAGACAAAAACACUAUAAAACCCACUUCAAAAUCUUGAUUUUCUUGAUCCAUCCAGAUCUCAUUCACAAUUCACAAUCCCACCAAACCCACAAACGUUACAAUGUUUAAUCCAAAACCCACCUCAAAAGUCGUCUACUUGACCAUAAUCCUCAUCAUUUCACUACCUUUCUUGAUCAAUUCAACAGCCACUGAACAAGAUUCCGAAGAAAUCGACGAUCUUUUAGCACUAGACGAAGAAGAACAAGAAUCGUCACCAAAACCGUCAUCUGAAGCAGAAGUGUUAACCAAAGCUCAAAGAAUUGUUGUUGAACUGAAUAAUGAUAAUACCCAGAAAGCAAUUGAUGGAAAUGAGUAUGUUUUUGUUCUGGGUUAUGCACCUUGGGAUGUUAGAAGUGCUGAAUUGAUGCCUAGGUUUGCAGAGGCUGCUAGUGUGUUGAAAGAGUUGGAGAGUGAUGUUUUGAUGGGGAAAGUUGAUGCUGAGAGGUACCCUAAAGUGGCUUCUAGUCUUGGGGUUAAAGGGUAUCCUACUUUGCUUCUGUUUGUUAAUGGGAGUUCUUUACCCUAUACCGGUGGAUUUUCAUCGGAAGAAAUUGUGACUUGGGUGAGAAAGAAGACGGGUACACCCGUUAUCCGAAUCAACUCUAUCGAUGAAGCAAACGAUUUCCUUAAGAAGCAUUCCAUGUUCGCAGUUGGCUUAUUCGAGAAGUUUGAGGGACCUGAUUAUGGCGAAUUUGUAAAGGCGGCAACUACUGACAACGAGGUUCAGUUUGUUGAGACGUGCACUUCGCAGAUUGCCGAUGUUUUGUUUCCGGAUGUUAAGUCUAUUAGCCCGGUUCUUGGUCUUGUGAAAAGUGAGCCCGAAAGAUACACUUUGUAUGAAGAUGCUUUUGAGAAGGAUAAGAUUUUGCAGUUUUUGAACGAUAACAAGUUUCCAUUGGUCACGUUUCUAACCGAAGUGAAUUCCGUUAAAGUUUACGCUAGUGAUAAACUUCAGGUUUACGUCUUUGCAGAAGCCGAUGAGUUCCAAAAAUUACUAGAGCCAUUUCAAAAUGCUGCCAGAAAGUUCAAAUCAAAGAUAAUGUUCGUGUUUGUUGACAUCAAAGACGACAAUCUUGCAAAGCCUUUCCUAACUUUAUUUGGGCUUGAAGAUUCAGAAGACACCCUUGUAACCGCUUUUGAUUACAAAACUGGUGCGAAGUAUUUGUUAGAGUCGGAUCCAACGCUUGCGAAUAUAGAAGAGUUCGGUUUGGGGCUCCUAAAGGGUAUUUUACCUCCGUUUUACAAGUCCCAAGCGAUACCGGAUAACAAAGGCGCAGACAUUAUAACCGUUGUUGGAAAGACGUUCGAUGACUUGGUUCUAAGCAACUCCAAGAACAUACUUCUAGAGAUACACACACCAUGGUGUUUGAACUGUGAAACCACGACGAAACAAGUGGAGAAGUUGGCAAAACACUUUAAAGGGUUGGAAAAUCUCGUUUUUGCAAAAAUAGAUGCUUCUGUAAACGAGCACCCGAAAUUGGAGGUGGAAGACUAUCCGACACUUUUGUUCUACCCAGCCAGCAACAAGUCAAACCCGAUUAAGCUGCCUACAAAGUCUAGCUCAAAAGAUUUGGCAAUACUAAUCAACAAAUAUUUAAAAGAACAGGCACAUGAUGAGCAACAUGUAACUAAAGAUGAGCUUUAGAAUGAUUAGGAUGAUGUUAUAGAGUGUGAUCAAGGGUUAAAAAGGUAAUUUGUCAAAAACCCGGCACCCGGAAGAUGAUUACCAUUUUAGAUGGCGGGUUAGCACGAAUAUAGACUAUUGACCCAUCCUCGUGUAUAUCGAGAAUGAAUUCUGAAAAUUUUAAUGUGUGCACGUCCGUGCCCGUGUGCUCUGAAAAAUUAUUAAUAAUUAUUUAGUUAAUAAGGUGUGUUUCAAGAUCAA